UCGAAAUAGACUGACUGUUGGUGGAUAUAGCUAUGGUGGGUAUUUGACGAAUUGGUUAAUAACACAAACUACUCGAUUCAAUGCAGCUCUAUCUGGUGCCGGUGCUGUCGAACAUGCUUCAGAAUGGGGCACCAUCGAUUUUCCUGUCUUUGAAUAUUAUCUACUUGGAGGAGCUCCUUGGGAAGUACCAAAAAUUUAUCAAGAUCAAGCAGCAAUCUAUCAUUUAGACAAAGUACGAACACCUACACAUAUAAUUACAGGUGGAAAUGAUGUACGUGUUAGUACUGCACAAAGUUACAUGCUUGAACGUGCACUACAUUACUUAGAAAUUCCUGUACAGUUAUUAGUUUUUCCGAAUGAAGAUCAUUCUAUCAGUCAUAAUCCUUGGCAUGGAAAAAUUAAAGUACGUGAAGAACUCAAAUGGCUGCAAAAGUAUGGUCAUCAAUCAUUUGAAACGGUGAUGAAAUAA